AUGAAAGAAUUAUGUCUAUUAAUUGGGUUAUUAGGUGUUGCCUCAAACCCCUCUCCGUAUUAUGGGGCGUUGGGGCUGGUUGUGGGGGCUGGGGCUGGGUGUUUUGUGUUAGCCCAGUGAGGGGUAACUUUCUUGGCGUUGGUGUUAUUUCUUGUUUAUUUGGGGGGCAUAAUAGUUGUGUUUGCUUAUUGUGCGGCGUUGGUGGCUGAGCCUUACCCGGAGGCAUGGGGCAGUCGGGUUGUAGCAGUCUAUUUAGUGAUAUACGUUGGGCUGGUGUGGAUAGGUUGGGCAGUAUUUGGGGGAAAUGAAAUAGAAAUUGGAAAUGAGUGGGUUCGUACUUGGUGGGCCAUAAAGAGUUCUGAAAUAUCAGGGGCAACUCAGAUGUAUCAGGCUGGAGGUAAAAUGUUGACGCUGUGUGGUUGGGGGUUGCUUGUCACUCUUUUUGUAGUGUUGGAAGUUGUCCGAGGUCACAAGAGUGUUUCGUUACGAUCAGUAAGA